AUGGCAGGUGUCGUUUCCGGCUGCUAUACCGCGGCUCAGACACUCCCAAUCUCGUGUCCCAAAUAUAUUGAUUACACAAAGGUGAAAGGAAAGACUGUGCUUGUCACUGGUGGGAGUAGUGGACUUGGUGCCGCAUACGUGAGACAAUUUGCAAACUCAGGGGCGACGGUGGUAAACGCGGACCUGAAAGCGCCUGUCGAUGAGGAUCUAGUUCGCAUAUCGCACUUUGUCAAAUGCAAUGUCAGAAGCUGGCACGACCAGCACGCUGCCUUUGACGCAGCCAUACAGCUAUCUCCUCGGGGUGGGCUCGAUAUAGUCAUAGCCAAUGCCGGUAUCUCGGGAUCUGAUAAAUUCUUCGAAGACCAUGGCAACGAACCGACCGAGCCCAGCCUGGAUAUUCUCCGCAUUAACCUCGGAGGCGUGGUAUACACGUCAAAGCUAGCGGUAUUUCACAUGAGCCGGCAGGAUGACAGCUUUGACCGAUGUUUGAUCCUCAAGUCCAGCAUCCAAGGCUAUCUAGAUACAACUGGCUCGCCAACAUACAGCGCAGCCAAGCAUGGGCUCCGUGGCAUCAUGAAGGCACUGCGUCGCCGGGGCCCGGUCCGGGUCGGGCUUAUAGCACCAUGGUUCAUCGCGACCCCACUUAUGUCCCCGGCCGUUGUCGAAAGGCUUUCUGCACAACUUGCAGCACAUGGAUCUGGCUUUGCUGAGACAGAGGAUUGCGUCAGGGCGGUCAUGAGAAUUGCGACCGAUCCUCAAGUGAACGGUGUGUUGUGA